CUCUCUCUCUCUCUCUCUCAGAUAGAAGGCUCGUUUGCUCACAAGAGUGAAGCAUGAAUCUAUGUGUAGCAGUUCUCCUAUUCUACAUGUUCCAGUUGAUUCAUGGACAGCCUGAUUAUCUGGGUUUCAUAAGCAUCGAUUGUGGCAUCCCAGUGAAUUCUACCUACCAAGAUUCCAUUACAAAUAUGGUAUAUGUAUCGGACUAUGGUUUCAUCACCACGGGAGAAAACCGCAUCAUCUCCUCAGAUUACAUGGAGCCAUCACUGGCAAAACGCUAUUCCAAUCUCCGGUUCUUUCCGCAUGGUCCAAGGAAUUGCUACACCCUGAGGUCCCUGGUGAUGGGAAACAAGUACCUUGUUCGUGCCGCCUUCUACUAUGGAAACUAUGAUGGCCUGGGCAAACCUCCUGUCUUUGAUCUUUACCUGGGGGCAAACUACUGGCAUGAAGUUAACUACAGUGAUGCAGGAGCAUUCAACUGGAUGGACAUCAUACUUGUGGCUCCUACUGAUUACUUGCAAGUUUGUUUGGUGAACAAAGGUAUGGGCAAUCCAUUUAUUUCUGGGCUGGAUUUGAGGCCACUGAAUACCACCCUCUACCCAGAGGUCAAUGCAAGUCAAUCGCUCGUGCUGGUUAAUUCUAAUCGGUUCCACAUGGGGCCCACAGACAAUUCAAUAAUCAGGUACCCUUCGGAUCCCCAAGACCGCAUCUGGACGACAUAUAAUGCAAUUCCGAACUGUACUAAGAUAUCUGCAACUUCUCCAAUCCACAAUAACCUCAGGGCUGUCUACGAUGUGCCACCUUCUGUUAUGCAAAAUGCAGCGACUGUUAAUAGCUCAAGAAUUGAUUUCUCAUGGAAUCCAUCUGAUCCAUCGGCGAACAUAAGCUCCAAAUACUUCUUUAUUUUCUACUUUGCUGAGCUGCAGCAUGUACCGAGCAAUGUGGUGCGGCAGUUUGAUAUCAUUGUCAAUAACAAGACAUGGAACAGGCGACCUUACACCCCAACGUUCCUAUUCACCAAUUACUUUUCCGGUGUUGUGCAGGGGAUGGAAAGUUAUAGUGUCUCACUUGUUGCUACAAAAAAUGCAACACUUCCACCUAUCCUCAAUGCCAUGGAGAUGUACUUGGUGAAACCGAUAACUGCGGUUGCAACUGAUCCUGGAGACGCUAGAGCUAUGAUGGCAAUCCAAGACAAUUUUGGUGUGGUAAAAAACUGGAUGGGUGAUCCAUGUACUCCGAAAGCUUUUAUAUGGAGAGGAUUAAACUGCUCAUAUCCACCGGCAAGCCCCUCUGAAAUAAUGGGACUAAACUUGUCUUCCUUUGGGUUAGUUGGUGCCAUCUCUACUAAUUUUAGAGAUCUCAAAGCACUCCAGUAUCUGGAUUUGUCACACAACAACUUAUCUGGUCCCAUUCCAAAUUUUCUUGGGAAACUAUCAUCACUAAUGUUUCUGGAUUUGUCCAGCAAUGAUCUGAGCGGACCAAUUCCUUACAGCCUUUUACAAAGGUCCCAAAAUGGAUCCCUAUCACUAAGGGUCGGUGGCAAUGCAAAUCUUUGUGGCAAUGAUACUUCCUGCAGACCAGUUCGAAAGAAGAUCAAUGGGUCACUUCUCUCUGCAAUAGUCAUUGUGCCAAUAGUUACUGCCAUCGCACUAUUUGUUAUAUUAUUUUUGCUGCGCCAAAUGCUCAAAGGAAAAGCUAAGCGAAAGGCUACUGGUCAUGAAGAUGGAUCAGCAUUACUUGGGAGCCGAGAGUUCUCUUACAAAGAACUGAAGCAUAUUACAAACAACUUUAGCCAACAGGUAGGAAAGGGUGGGUUUGGACCUGUCUUCCUUGGUUACUUGGAGAAUGGAAACCCAGUUGCAGUGAAAGUGCGUUCUGAGUCAUCUUCCCAAGGGGGCAAAGAGUUUCUGGCUGAGGCUCAGCACUUGACGAGGAUUCAUCACAAGAACUUAGUUUCUUUGAUUGGCUACUGCAAGGACAAAAAUCAUUUGGCUCUUGUUUACGAGUACAUGCCUGAAGGGAGCCUGCAGGAUCAUCUGAGAGCCACUUCUACUAGUAAACCACUCACUUGGAAGCAGCGUCUUCAGAUCGCCCUUGAUGCUGCACAAGGUCUUGAGUAUCUGCACAUCGCUUGUAAGCCAGCAUUGAUUCACAGAGAUGUGAAGAGCAGGAACAUCCUCCUGACCACAGAUCUUGGGGCAAAGAUAGCUGAUUUUGGCCUGACCAAGGCUUUCAGCGACUCCGAAACACAUAUAACUACUGAGCCAGCUGGUACCAUUGGGUAUUUAGAUCCUGAGUACUUCCGCAGUUAUCACAUCAGCGAGAAGAGCGACCUGUACAGCUUCGGGGUCGUCCUCCUGGAGCUCAUCACAGGCCAUGCCCCGGUAAUACCGAUUAGUGACAGCAUGAGCAUCCACAUCGGCGAGUGGGUGCAUGAGAGCCUCGACCAUGGAAACAUCGAGAGCAUUGUGGAUGCAAAGAUGGGAGGGGACUAUGACAUCAACUCUGCCUGGAAAACUGCUGACUUGGCGCUGCAUUGCAAGCAAGAUGUCUCCCGGGAGCGGCCGACUAUGGCGGAGGUCGUGGCCCAGCUUAAGGAGUGCUUGGAGCUCGAGAAUCGUUGCAGUGAGAGGAGAGGAAACUUGUCCUCGAAUGAUGAUAAUUUGACCUGUCCCGGAGAGGGAAGUGCACUUGAGGUAGAAGAAGAAGAAACACAACAGCAACAAGGUGGAGAGAUACAAGCGGCUGCUGGCCCUGCAAUGAGAUGAUAGUUUUGAUGAUCUUAUACAUAAAUGCUGGAGGUUGGAGCCAUCUUCUUUACCUUUCGGAUAAACCUUCAUCUUGCCUUUCUUUGUGAAGUUCUCAAAUUUCUGGCAAUGACUAGAUGGAGUCUGCCUGUUCUAGUCUAGAUAAAAAAAUUGUGAUGAAAGAAGCUCGAGUGGAUCACCGGAGAAUUCACAUUCGGGUUUGGACGGCGUGCAAGUGAUACGUUUCUCAGUGUUUAGAGUGGACUUUUUUGUUGGCAUGUUCGUCUUAGUUUGUCCAUGUUUUUGAUGUUUCUCUCUUGGCAAUAUUAAACUUUGAUCUCUUUAUAAUAAACAAUGUUUUAGUGCUGGCUAUAUGCAUCUUAGGAUCCAGAGGCUGGGGGCAAAUAAAGCUUCCAUCAUCUAAAAAACCAAUCAUGUAUUUGAUGGUUGCUUACCCAAAGGUGACACUUCUUUCUGAUA